AUGCAAAUACUGUCUGCAGCAUAUUAUUAUCAUGGUUUGAUCCUUGAUGAGGGAAAAAUAGUGAAAUCUCAUGGUAUGGUUGUAGCUGCUCUCCAAGCCGCUGAUGAAUAUUUCAAAGAAAGUAAUAAGGGGGCUUGUGAGGCGUUUAAUGCAGCUCAUCCUUUAUCCAGAAACCCACCUCUUUGGGGAACCAUGAAGCAUCUAUUUGAGAAAAUUCCGAAAGACACUUCUAGCAUGGUGCGGAUAAACCGUGACCUCUACUCUUAUGAUAAAAUCAUGGAGACGGCUCCAACGUUGCCGGAUUUUGCUAUAGCAUUGAAACCCGAUGAAUAUCAGCUGCCUCCAGGUGACCCCUCCUGGAACGAGAAUGUACAGUUGAGCCACAUUGGUAUCAACCAGGUAAACCCUGAUGAAAGAUAA